CUUGACCUUGAAGAUGGUGAGUAGCCAGCCAAAAUACGAUCUAAUAAGGGAGGUUGGUCGUGGCAGCUAUGGUGUGGUGUAUGAAGCAGUAGUGAGAAAAACCUCUGCACGUGUUGCGGUGAAGAAAAUUCGGUGUCAUGCUCCAGAGAAUGUAGAACUAGCCUUGCGUGAGUUCUGGGCACUUAGUAGUAUUAAAAGCCAACACCCAAAUGUUAUCCACUUGGAAGAAUGCAUAUUGCAAAAAGACGACAUGGUUCAGAAGAUGUCCCAUGGUUCCAGCUCUUCACUUUAUUUACAGCUUGUAGAGACCUCCUUGAAAGGUGAAAUUGCCUUUGAUCCCAGAAGUGCCUACUAUCUUUGGUUUGUGAUGGAUUUUUGUGAUGGAGGUGAUAUGAAUGAAUACCUCCUAUCCCGAAAGCCCAGCCGUAAGACCAACACUAGUUUUAUGCUUCAGCUCAGCAGCGCCCUGGCUUUUCUGCACAAAAAUCAGAUCAUCCACCGUGACCUCAAGCCUGACAACAUCUUGAUCUCUCAAAGCAGGAUGGAUGCUAGUGACUUGGAACCUACUUUGAAAGUAGCUGACUUUGGCCUAAGCAAGGUUUGUUCAGCAUCAGGACAAAAUCCCGAAGAGCCUGUGAAUGUAAACAAAUGUUUUCUGUCUACAGCUUGUGGCACAGACUUCUACAUGGCUCCUGAAGUUUGGGAAGGCCACUACACUGCCAAAGCAGACAUUUUUGCAUUGGGGAUUAUAAUCUGGGCAAUGUUAGAAAGGAUCACUUUCAUAGACACAGAGACAAAGAAAGAACUCUUGGGGAGUUAUGUGAAGCAAGGGACUGAGAUUGUACCUGUUGGAGAGGCAUUGCUGGAAAAUCCAAAAAUGGAAUUACUCAUACCCGUUAAGAAAAAGAAAAUGAAUGCUCGCAUGAAACAGCUGAUUAAGGAAAUGCUUGCUGCUAACCCACAAGACCGGCCAGAUGCUUUUGAAUUAGAACUCCGGUUAGUCAAAAUUGCUUUUAAAGACAGCAGUUGGGACACGUGACUUCUGAAGUACUUUGCCUUUUUGGCAGAAAUGUGUGUGUAACAAUGGUGCCGCAUUUUAUAGAAGCAAAAACCAGACUAACCCACAUUUAAAGUGUCAGGGUUCCAUAUGUUUUCCCCAUUGCAUUUCUCUUUAUUUUUGUAAACUAAGCAAAGGUGGCUGUUCUUGUUUCAGUAUCCAAAUAUGUAUAUUCCCAAAUUACACUUGUAAUAAGCUUUCCAACUUGUCAGGAAAAUUGACAAGUUAGGCAAUGGUUUUCUAGGAAUAUUUUAUGGAAUAUUUCAAACAUUCCAAUUUCUUACUGCAGAAUCUUGAAUGCCCUUGAAGGAGAAGACUUGCAUGCUGGUAAUGCAAAUCAUUCAACUUUGUAGAGUAAAUGUGUAUAUAUUUAUGUCAUAAUGGGUGAUGUAACCCCUUCCAGUACAGAAAAGAUAUGUCCCAAAUUUAUAGGAUUCAUAGAAUUGGAUGACUGUGACACAUCCUUUGAUUCCCCAGCUUCUGUGUCCAUUCUCCUUUUUUUCCCCUUAAAACAGUGUGAUGACACAAAAUGAGAUCUACAGUAUGAUGCACUAGGAACCUCUGAUUUGAGCACUGUAGGGAAAAUCUUAGUUUGGAAGAUUGCAUUUGUUUGGAAGGUUUCACUAAGUAUGCUGAUGGCUCAUUCCAGUUCAGGUGCCAACACUUUGUCAUGAUGCAUUUAGCUUCAUUUUUCAAGGAUAACAAAAUGGUUAUUUGGUAGACCAGAGUUACUGGUCACACGUAUAUUUUGUAUUUGAUAUUCAGUCUUAUUACUUUUAAUUCAGGAAUUUAAAAAAAAACUUUAUUUUUUUAAAAAAGGAAGAAGAUCUUUCUGAAAAUCUUCCAGUGUGGUUCCCUCAAAAUUUAGUUUGUUGUCUGGCAGAGAUUCAUUUCCUCUGUUUCCCCAUACAUUUUGGGUGAAAGUUAUAGAAAGUUGGGCACUAUUUUCCUAACACAUGUACAGACAGCAGCAUGUACAAGUGGCUCAACCAGAGGCCUAAAUAUUCAUUCCACUACCACUGUGUCACACUGAUGUUCCAUUACUACUGUUGCCCACUAUACUGGAUCAUAACUGGAGUCUUUAUUGCUAAACUGAGGUUUUCCCUCUUUUUGUUCUUCUGAAGCACUCAGCAACCUGCCUCUCUCCCAAGUUACUUGGUUGGCAGGCUGCAGCAUCUUGUUCAUACAUACAAUUAAAAAGGAUUGCACUCUUGGUGCAGCAAACAGAAAUGAAAACUUUUGAUUUGUGAGUAAAUAGAUAAAUUUCAUAAGAGGAAGUGGUGUUGUAUAUGUCUUCAUUUUAUUGUUGAAAGCAUUGUAUUGUACAGGUUGAAACUGUCCUGAUGCCAUCAGCCACAGCCUGGAAACCAGAAAGGGAAUUGCCCUAUGUUUUCUUACAAGAAGCACUGCAGAAAUUAUGCUUUAAAAUCCCUGUCUGAUAUGCCUAGGAUCUGAAAAAUAGAUAAGAAAAUGUGUUGGUUUACUCCUUAGCUGCUAUGUCCACAUUAAACAAGGGGCAUUCAAGGGGAUAUAUUUCUUAAACUUGAAAAAUACAUGUUCUUUUGUUCAAGGUGUAGUUAUCUGACAUGUAGUAUAAUCCUAUGCUUGCUAAUAGGAAACAAGUCUCACAGAGUUCAGUGAAAAUUAUUCUUAGGUAAGUAUGCAUAGGAUUGUAACUUUAAUAGUUUAUACAAUUUUGGAAAAAACAUUAAAAUCUUCUCUAAAAUAACAUUUAAAGAAAUGUUACAUUAACAACUUAAAGUUUCAAUGAGAUAUAUUUUAAGAGGAUUUCAACUAGGGUGGCAUAUGUCUAUCUGGCUUGCAGUGCUAAAUUAUUUUAGCUGAGGAUCCAGUUAACGUCUGUCCUUUAACUGAGAGGAUAAGACAAAGGCUUGACUUCUGUACAUUAGAAUAUCAAUGUUUAAAAGUGAUCAACCGUCUUCAUUCUUUAAAGCACCAUUUGUGCCUUUAGAGACGAAAUUGCAUUGCACGUAGGAUGACACUUCUAUGGUUAUCCUGUGCUUAGUGGCAUUGUGUUCAGCUGAACAGUUAUAUAAUACUUGUGUCAAACAAAAAGAAUACAAGCCGUAGGAUCUUGGCAGUCCUUGUAUACUAGAAAAAGCAGGAACUCACAACCAUUAUAUAUCCUAACUAAUCUGAUUACUGCAUACAGUUUCUUGGCACUUAACAAGCCUUUCAGAUUUUGGAUAUAUUAUUGGAUGUACUUUUUAGUGCAGUGCAAAAUCUACAAAUAGAGCAAAUUAUAUAUUGCCCAGUAACACAGUUAAUGUUGAAAGUGCACUUGUUUCUUAUUUUUAAAGUUGGGGAAACCUCCCUGAUCACUUCUCUUCAUGGUGCUUAGCAUGUUGGCAUUGAAUGCUAACUUGAUUGUUCCAUUAAUUACCUACUGAAUAAUUGUACCCGAAAUCUGUGUGUGUGAUUUUUGUUGUUGCUUGUGUUUGGUUUGAUUUCCUGUAAAAUCUUUGAAAUCAAUUGUAGCGGCUACAGAACAAUCCACCAGCGUAACACAAAAGUCAAGAUAACUCAUCAGCACUUCAAAAGAGAGCAGAUUUUCAAAACUUUCUCUUAUAAAUUGUAAAUUUUAUUUUGUGAAGAAUUUAUUAAGGGGGGAAAUUAUUGUGUAAUUUAUUGAGUUCAUGACUUUUUAAAAAAGAUAAAAAUAAAAGUCUGAAUUGACCCAUGAGUUGUAAUAGUAGCUAAAUGAACUACAUUUUGUUGACUUUUCCAGGAUAGAAAUUUAAUGUGUGAAGAACUAGGUUAGAGAGAUUGAGAUUGAGAUUUUUUGAGUAAGGAUUUAAGUUUGAGCAAAUAUUGACAUAGACUUUCAUUACUGUGCCUAGAAGCAGUUAUGAAAAAUCACAACUGGUUCACAUGGCCUAUUUUAGGAGUCAAUAAAAACAAUAAAAUGAGAGAUGGACAGUUCUGCCAGAUGAUGUAUAGCACAUCUAUAUAUUAUCUACAAACUUGGCUUAACUCUUAAUUCUUAAGCAUUCUGUUAUUGCUAGGAUUACUGUUCUGCUUCUUAAAUACCUGUUCUUCAAGUAAUGUCUUUAUUCAAGCGUCAACAGGCACUCUUCUUGUAUACAAAGCUUGAUCUGAGUGCCUGUUCAGGUUCAGCUGGAGCAACACAGACUCCUUGAUAAUAGUUCUAUUGGACAUGCUUGGCUAUAAAUGUUUAUUUGAUGAGCAAUCUUGUUCACCGUUCAUUUCUGGGAAAGGAGUACAGUAGCCUAAUGUACGUGCCCUGAUUUGCAACACAGUUCCUGGAAAUCAAGUUUAUAUCCAUGACUUAAGAGUACAUUUUGGCUGAUAAAAUUAUCACUGCCUGCUUCUGGUCUGGAAAACAGAUCUGGCCAUUCUCAUUCAUUUUUCAGUGAUUUUAUAUUAGAUUAUUCUACUACACUCUAUAUGGGACUCCCCUUGAAAAUGUUUCAAAUCUUUUGGUAGUGCAAAAGGUAGCUGUUCUAUUUAAUUUUGCUGGAGCUCAUUUUCUUAAAUAAUAACCAAUUGAAAAUUGUGUGUUCUGGCUGCUGACGCAGUUCCAUAUGGAAGUCAAUAGAGGUAUGCUGAUUUUUGUCCUGAAAGGCAGGAUGUAGAAUGAAAUAUCUUCUCUGCUAAGACUUGUUUGCUCUCACAGUUCAGAUACUCUAAGGAGGCCUUGGAAAAGAUGGGUACUAAUGGUACAAUUUUGUGCCUAUUUAUCUAGGAGUAAAUUCUACGGUAUAAAAUGUAAUGAGAAUUGUUCUGUAAAUGUCCUGCAGGGGGAAAAAAACUGUUGUUCCAAAAUAGUACUUAAAAAUGCAUUUGAUGAAAUUGGACCUAGUUAUAACUGCCUAAUCAGAGUAUGAAGUGUAGAGCACGUGCAUUUUGAUAGGUCUGUUGGGUGUCCUGAGGAAUAAAUGUAUGUCCUGAGGAUUUCUUUGAAAGUUUGCCCAUAAGAUAGAUUGGUAGGGGGCCUUGAUAAAUCACCACUGAAUGAAAGAAUGUAGACCAUAAAAUUGUUCCAAAGCAUGUUAUGACUCAUCUUGGUUUUUUUAUGAAUCAAAUCAUGGAUGAGAUUUACUACAUAUUAUUUAAAACUUGAUAAGACAGCAAGGGUCUAGAUAUGUUCUGGUUCAGUCAAAGUUUCUAUAUUAUCCUUCAACCCUGCUGAAUAA